AUGUCAGAUCAGAAUUAUCGGAAGCCUUUAUUCCUGGCCUUAGCUGGGGCUGUCGCCCUCACUGUGGCCUAUUAUACCUACACGCAAUAUGCGAAGCCCCCCCGGACAGAACCCUCCUCUCUCCAUCGCAGCAAUGCCAUUCGCAGACCGAGGAAUAGAAGGCGCUGGCGUCGUGGCUUCGAGCAAACGAGCCUCGAUCACGAUCCAACUGAGCGAGCACUCGAACAUCUGGAACUGCGAAAUGCAAACAGACAAGGAUAUGGAGAAUACGAGAACAAAUGGUUCUUUUCUACACCAGAGCACACACAAGGGGUGGAUCUGACGCUGAUCCCGUGUAACUUGAGCUCUAUUAACGACUACCUCCUGCAGUCCCCGCCGCAGCUGCUACCCGAUCGACAAGAGGUCAUCCUCUGGCAUCUCCACGGCACCUUUGUCCAGAACUUUCUGCUGGAGGAAUAUCCAGAGGGUUAUAUCAUCGGGGAUGAUAUUUGGAUGCUCGCACAGGCCAUGGAGCGCCUUGGAGUUGCCCCAGAGAGUGUCUUCCAAAUAGCGAAAGCACAUGACGAGGGGAUGCUCAUUUACGCCCCUGAAUGGACCCCAUCAUUUCCCGCUAGACCCGGUCCCAAUGGCAGAAUCCCCCCUGUACAGACUGACGGUGCCAUGGAUCAUGGUGGUUUGGCCCCUCGCGAGGCGCUCCAGGCGUUGGCGGAUCCCGACGAUGCGCAUAGCGACAUUUCUUCAGGUAACAACGGGGAGGAUCCCGAAGGGAGCCAAAACAUGCUUGAUCUCCUUUACCAUAUCGCUGGCGAGCAGGCACGACGAGAAGGCUACAUCCACCGUGGUGUCGAGUGUAACAGCUGCGGCAUACAUCCCAUUCGAGGCAUUCGCUAUCACUGCGCAAAUUGUUUCGACAUGGAUCUCUGCGAAAGCUGCGAGGCUAGCUCUUCACAUGGGAAAGGUCAUGUCUUUUACAAGAUCCGCAUCCCGGCACCAUCACGCGGAAACAUCAAGCAGGUCACCCCUGAGUGGUAUCCUGGCACCCCCAGCGCAUUUCUCUCUUCUCUGCCGAUGAGUGUGUCUAAGCCAUUGCUCGAAGAGACCAGAAUGGAGCGCACCGAGAUGGAUGCGCUGUAUGAGCAAUUCAAAUGUCUUGCCGGCCAUUACUUUCCCGCCGAUCCGACUGGCUUGGGGUGUGCCAUUGAUCGAAAGGGGUUUGAUGCAUACUUCAUCCCUUCAACCGGAGACAAACCUUCGCCGGCGAAUUUGAUCUACGAUCGAAUCUUUGCGUUCUAUGACACGGACCAAAAUGGCCUCAUUACCUUCGACGAAUACAUACGCGGCCUUGCGCGCCUGCAGGACAAGAGCCGAUAUGCGAGGCUGAAACGCAUUUUCGAGGGCUACGAUUUGGAUUCAGAUGGAUACGUUGAUCGCAAGGACUUUCUUCGUAUGUUCCGAGCGUAUUACGCAUUGAGCAAAGAGUUGAGUCGGGAAAUGAUCAACACCCAAGAAGAUUUUGGGUACAACGAAGAAGAGAUCCGAGAAGUCGUCCAUGGGAGCCAGCCCAUCAGUGCUGCUUUUGGCGGAGGCACUCUUUACGGCCACGAAUCUCGAACAGGCCAGGGUAAGCAACGUCAAGCGGAUGGAGAUCUGCAACUUUCGAACGGCACAAGUGGCGUCCUGCAACCUGACGGGGAUAUGAGCGGAGAUCGUGCCCGAGCUAUCGGAAAUGCUGCACUUGGUGAUCGGACCCGGAACCACCCGUUCAGAUCGUUCAGACAGGAGCCUCCGGAGGAUGAGCCGCUGAUGUUACUCCCAAUAGGAAGCAAUUUUAUGCAGUCGGGCAUGGAGCAGGAUGAGGUGACCGAAGAAGAACUUACUGGUCCCGAUGCCCCAUUGCAGACAUAUGCUUGGCCCCCAAUCCGGACACCAGAGCUUCAGGAUAUCACCGAGGCACUUGGACAAGAGGUACCUCUAGAUGAAAUAACAGAUCCGGUUGACAGGACCAGGGUCCUCUUUGCCCAGUCGCAGCGUCUCGAUGCCGAAGGGGACCGAGCAGAGGAAAUGUCACGUGCGAGAGCUGUUGAGGAAAGGUGGCGCCGAAGACAAUUCUAUCUUGAUCGCGAGGAAGGCUUGACGAGACCACCAGGCUACACUGAACCCGACAGUUCAGAUGAGGAGGACGACUUAUCGGAACACAAAAAGAAUGGUCGGAACGACGCCAGUCCUCGGAGAGCAUCUAUGGCGUCAAGAUCAUCUUCCAAAGUCCGGUUUGAUGAUAGUGCCAUCGACGGAGACUGCGAAACGCGCUCAAAUGCUUCAUCUCGUAGCAUUCCUGUCAAUGAAAGAUGGGGCGGCUACGAGCUCGGCCAGGCCGAAGCAGACAUUGGCAAAGACAUCCUCUACCAAGCUGUCCAACAAGGGUUCAACGAGUUGCUUGAUGUGCUAUUCAAGGACGCGGAAGACGAGCACAUGGCUGCAAAGCAGACAGCUGUUGAUCGACAUCGCUUCGAGUACGAAAGACAACAAUUCGAGGAAAUGCUUGAUGAACUGGAUAUUGCAAUCGAUGAGGCGGAAGAAGCUGUGAUUGAGAAAGUAAGACGGAGGAGAGAGAAGGAAGAGGAGCAGAAGCAGUUGGCUCUGAUUGAUGCUGCCUCCGUCCCGAAACUGGGCAAUGAAAGCUCAAUUCCGCAAGAUUCCGAAGAUCAUAUAGGACUGAUGUUCGGCUCUCAAGGUCUGUCCGGUCAAAGGGUAACCCAGAGUUCUUCCACUGAAACAAACGGUUCUUACCGUGACCCGACGCUACCCCAGUUUCGGCCUGACGAAUCGGAACCAGCAAGUCCAGCUUCAAUUGUGUACCCGGAUCCGCCCCAGGCCCCGCCCUUGUUUUCGGAAUUUGGAACCCCAAAUCCAUUUGAAGACGAUCCAGAGAAGGCUCUCAAAAAAUAUUACCUCUGGCUCCGACAUGAUGAGAUCGAUGACGAAGCAGACCGCCGAGGUGGCCCGGGAAAGCUCAGCUUUACAGAGUUUGCACGCAAAAUGGUGUCUGAAGAUGAGACGACCAAGGCUUUAGGGGACAGAGACAAGAGCAAAGGCAGCGGCAAGGACCGAGAUAUGUGGGAGAGCAGUGCUGAUCUAGGCAGGCUGGCCUUUGUGGGCACUUGGUUGGAGAUGGCUAGUUUUUAG